GAGAGAGGUGAACAGAGAGAAACAGAGUACGAGACAGAAUUUGAAAACCAAGGCUGAAGUUUUGAGAAGAAACACAGAGCUCUCUAUGGUUGUGAGAAACAUGGAAGAAGUGGUAUUGCUGAUUGAUGAUCUGAGAUCACUUUCUGGAAUUUCUCGCUGUAGAAUUUGUCAUGAAGAAGAAUUUGAAAGCUCCAAACAAUUGGAAGCUCCCUGUGCUUGUUCUGGCACUGUUAAGUUUGCUCACAGAGAUUGCAUCCAGACAUGGUGCAACGAGAAAGGAAACACAACUUGUGAAAUAUGUUUACAGCAAUAUGAACCUGGAUACACUGCACCUCCAAAGAAAUCUCCAAUUUCUGAUGCAGCAAUGACUAUUAGAGAUAGCCUGCAAAUUCCAAGGGAGCAAGAACAAAUAAACACGAGAAUAGUUGUGGGAAUAGUUGAAGGAGUAAGAAUACAAAACAAUUACUCUGAAUGCUCUUAUGCUGCAGAUAGAAGCGCAUCUUGCUGUCGAUCACUGGCUUUAGCUUUUACACUGAUCUUGCUUGUGAGACAUCUUUUCGCUUUGCUUACAAAUGGAAUGGAAGAUUAUCCAUUUACAAUUCUUACAGUCUUUAUGCUAAGGGCCAGUGGAAUUAUUAUACCCAUGUACAUAAUUAUUAAGACAAUUGGAGGCAUUCAUGACAGUGUUCGGCGCCACUAUCAGGAUUCUGACGAUGACACAUCGAUUUCUGAUGAAGGUGAUGAAGAAAAUGAGGGACCGCAUGGUGCAAUUUUAUUAAGACAUUUAUAGUCACACCUUGUGUUAUAAUUUGCUUUAAUUUAAUUUGUGUAAGAGCAUUGUGCUGAUGCUCUCUGUGUCAAAAUUCCAACAUUUUGAAGGGGUAAAUUUAUUGCAAAAAGAAUGGAAUUCAAAUUGAAAUAUUGCACAUAUUCCCUUGCGGUGGUUAUUUGUACGUACCUUCCUUUCAAAAAAAAGUUAUCUA